CCUCAUUGUCCUCUGUAAAAGGACGGGGAAGGAUGUGAAUGGGUGAAAGAGAACAAAAGGAGCGAGCAGAUGGUGGGUUAAAAUAGUAACCUCAUGCCUGUUGCUGGUUAAAUGAAUAAAUUACAUUUAGAGCUUCUGGAGUGGGGUCCCUUUGACCUGGUGAUUGGAGGAAGUCCCUGCAACGACCUGUCAAUUGUUAAUCCAGCGAGGAAAGGCCUGUAUGGCACAGGGAGGUUGUUCUUUGAGUUUUACCGUCUGCUGAGCGAGGCCAAGCCCAAAGAAGGAGAGGACCGGCCGUUCUUCUGGAUGUUCGAGAACGUGGUGGCCAUGGGCGUCAAUGACAAAAGGGACAUCUCACGCUUCCUGGAGUGUAACCCUGUUAUGAUUGAUGCUAUCGAGGUUUCUGCUGCUCACCGUGCCCGAUACUUCUGGGGAAACCUGCCAGGCAUGAACAGGCCUCUGUGUGCCUCGGGUAUGGACAAGCUGGAGCUGCAGGACUGUCUGGACCACGGCAGAGUUGCAAAGUUUGGAAAGGUGCGCACCAUCACUACCCGCUCCAAUUCCAUCAAACAAGGGAAGGAUCAACACUUCCCUGUCCUGAUGAACGGGAAGGAGGACAUACUGUGGUGCACUGAGCUGGAGAGGAUCUUUGGUUUCCCUGUCCACUACACGGACGUGUCCAACAUGGGUCGCGGUGCCAGACAGAGGCUCCUGGGCCGAUCCUGGAGCGUCCCCGUCAUCAGGCAUCUGUUCGCACCACUGAAAGACUACUUUGCCUGUGAAUAGACAUCACCCUAUCACCAGCGAACAACAAUCCCUGUAGCUGGGAAAAGUGAAAGUAGCUGUUAGAUGUCCAGUCCUGUCUGGAUCCUGGCGAUAAUACACUGCAGCCUUAAAGACACAUAACACACACUAACAAAGAGAUACACGUACAGCAUAGGUGAGCACCUUCGGCUGUGGUUUAUCACUACCCCACAGUGUCAGAAAGAGAGGGAGGGUCAAAGGUCAGGUGUGCGAUUCAUGACCCUUCUGCCUUUUUUUUACGUUAACAUUAAGCCUGUACAACGGAUUUAAUAGGAGUUUUCUUCUUUUUAAAUGGCCAUCGGAAGGCAUUGUUUUUAAGUUGACAACACUUAGUAGUUGUAGAAAAUAGAGAACAACAUGGCACCGUCGGUACAACUUUUCAAGUGGCUCUGUAUCAAACUUUUUUUUUUUUAGGAAGUGUUAAACAUUUCAGAGGUCGCUCAUCUCACCUCCGUCUAGCUGACGAUUAAACAAGCAAGCUGCUCAUACAGGCUGUUAACCUAAAGAAAAACACUUGAAAAGCUCACUUGAACCAAAGUCAGAAGAUGGACGGUUGAAGUCCUGCUCAGUGUUUGGGUACCUGCUGUUCCACUAACCUCGGCCUGAAUGGAUUUUCUCCCAAAAAAAAAAGGGGUUGUUCUUCGGCCUGUCUAGAAAAGCUGAAACAUGAUACUGGAGUUUAUGUCUCAAUUUUAAGAUAAUAAACAUGUAUAAUUGUGCUUGGUGAUAAAAGAUGAGCAUCUGUUCAUUUUAACCAAGAUAACACUGAUUAUUUUGUUAGCAUUCAACAACAACUACAUAUCCCAUAAUGCUAAGCUGCGGUGAAAGCUUUGUGGAAGCUGUAGCUGUUCAAUGCUUACAAAAAAAGAAUCAGUCUUUAGUUUGCUCAUUUAGAUUCAAAUCUGGAAAUAAAACCUUAACAUGUUUGAGUUUUUCAAAAGACCACUGAAAGACGUCCUCUGUAAGAAAGUACAUCCAGCCGUGGAAGCUAGUGGACCAAAAGCUAACCUGGAAAUGAAGCAGGAGUUUGGUUUAUAUCUAGAUGGGUUCACAUUCACAGUUUUUUGUUGUUUGUUGUAAGAAAAACAGUAAUUUUACCUUUUGUCUUUUGCUUUGGGAUGAGUUCAUAUGAAAAAAAAAAUUGCUUCCUUUUAAAAAAAAUAGAAAAGCAUCUUUUACUGAAGAUUAUAUAAAAAUGUUUUUGUAUAGAUAGUGUGAAACUUUGAGUUAUACUGUUAUGUCACAGCGACGUCUCCCUGAUAGCUACGUACAAAUACUUGAAACAAGCCAAUGCAAAAACAGAGAUAUAGAGAAUGGGUUUUUUGGCUUUUGCCAACCUUUCCAGACAGCAAAGAUUUAACAAGUGAUGGCGUUUAUCCUACUGUAGAUGUUUAGAUUUUAUCUUUAAGAAAUAAAAUUGUUUUAGUUUACUGUAACAGCUGGUGAUCCAGGUUAAAAGAAGUUCGUUUGAACCCAGGAAAGAGUGAGUGUCACUGUGUAUAAAUGUGGGUUUUACAACAAAACAAAUGGUGGUAAACACUGGUGAACACGCAAUCUCUUUUUGCAAACUAGCACUGACUACUUUUUGUUUAAGGGAGUUUUUUUAGUUUCCAAAACAUCUAACAUGGAGACUGUGAUGAAAAAUCAUCUCUACGAUGCUGGUUGAUACGGUGCUUUGUUCCGCAUGGUACAAAUGCUUUGGGAAACAGUGUGUAUAAAUACACUAAUUCUAAGUAUUUGUGAGUAUCCUCAAAGUGAGAACACAAAGAGUCUGAAUGCACACAUUUAUUGCCAGAAUUGUUUUCCUCACACCUCAAACACCAAGCUUUUGCAAUAAUGAUUAUUUUUAAUACUCCUUAAGAAAGAUAAAGAUUGUUUAUAGUCCACAGGUCUUUACCAUUUCUGAAUUAUUAUCUGACUGGAUAGCAGGGGGUUUUUUUUGCCUGCAAUUACAUGUCAGACUGUAUGCUUAAGCAUUAGCAUGUUCACCAGACAAGUAUUUACUGGACAGUUUAUUUUGGUACCAAUUCUCUUGAUGUGACCAACGGACCACGCCAAAAAAAUCCUUUUGAAAUACCUUUCUGUUCUGAUAACUGGAAGAUUUUUUUAAAUGCUGUUGGCUGUCACCAAAUCCUUCUAAACGGGCAUUACCUCAGACAAAGGGGCAACUCCUCCUAUAGGAUCUGUGUUCUGUGAAUAUAUACUGUAGCUUUCUGCUCCCAUAUGCCCAGUAUAUAUAGAGAGAGCUUGCAUUUUAUCACUGGAACUUUUUUUUUACACAAUGUUUUGCGUACUGUAUUGAUAGAAAGGUUUACAAGUGUUUUAACUCUGGUUCUACCAAGAACUAAAUUUUUUUACACAAAAAUGCACACGCCUUCUUAAAAUAACUUUUCUUUGUUUAAUGUUUAAAUGGCCAGCUCAUUUAGAAAUGCAAGACUCCUCUAUGGUGCUCAAAAGUGCCUCUUUUAGUUUUCCAGGUCGAUUUUCAAGUCCUUUAAAAACCAAAAAGUAAUUGUUUACAUGCUUCAUUAAUACUGCUGAACUUGUUGAAUGUUUUGUUUGAAAACAGUACGCAAAAAUUCUAGUGUUUCUCUUUUCUUUUUGUAACUGCUCUUUUAAGACUUUUUAUAUGGAGAACACAUACUAUAUAUUAACACAGUAUAAAGCUUGCUUGAAAUUUGUAAUGUUAUAGCACGAUAUAGAGCAUAAUAAUCAAUAGAUUUUUGAUAUGUUUUGUUAUUUAGACCAUUUGAGUGUGUAUUUGUAGGUUUGAGUGUGAAUAAUAGCUGAGGACCUUUUUUAGUAGUAUAACCUUUUUAUGCUGUGUCUUUUAUCAGAAUUGCAUUUUAGGAAUUUUCUUUUUGCCUUUUUAUGAAUCUACAGUGCAAAAGCAAUUCAAAGGAACAGAUUGUGCUAUUUUUAUACUUUGAUGUAUUUUUUUUUUACAUUUGUGUACUUCUUAUAGCAACCUAUAUAUAUAAUUUGUACUCAAUAAAACGCAGCUUCGCUGCUGAAAACCAC